UGGGUCGGAGGGUAAAUAGGUGGGGAAGGAUAUGGCUUUAUUGGGGGGUCAGGGAGCUGGGGCAGAGAGCUGGGUUAUGAGUGAGGGGCAGGGAACUGGGUAUGAGGGUGGAUGGGCAAGGAUGGGCCUGCCUUAGCCAGCGGGUAGGAAAUUGGGUUAUGGGGUAGAGGGCCAGGAGGUGGGUUAUGGGGCAGGGAGCCAAGGCAAGGGAGAGGGGGGCAGGGAACUGUGAAAUGGGGCAGAAAGAUGGGUUGUGGAGUUGGAGGCAGGGAGCUGAGUAUUGAGCUGGAUGGGUGGGGAGAGGCAUGUCUUGUCCGGGGGGAGGAAGCUGGUAGUGGGCUGGUAGUGGGCCAGAAGGUGGCCUGUAGGGCAAGGAGCUGGGUUAAGGGUUGGAGGAGCAGGAAUCUGAGUUGAGGGGUAGGGAGCUGGGUAGUGGGCCAGGAGAGGGCUAUGGGGCAGGGACCUGGGAGAAGUGGGGUUGUCUAUGUGGGGGGCAAGCAGCGUUGGCAAAUGUUGGCUGAGCUGUUCUAGCCUUGGCCUCAGUAUCUUGUGCUGACUCCUGGGUGUUUCCCUCCCUUCUCUAGGAGAAUGCUGCAUUGGGGAGGGGAAGUGCUCCCAUCCCUCGGGCUGGGUGCUGUCUACUUGUCCCAUAGUUUCAGUCCUGCGUGGGCCAGCAGGGUGUGUGGCUGGUCAGGCUCCCUGAGUGCAGGCUGCAUGUCUGUCCGGCUGGGAAACUCUGGGCUGAUUGCCGUGGGCUGCAGCUGAUGUGGAGCUGAGUGCAGGUGCAAGCUGUUUCCACAGCAGCCAGCUUUGUGUGGUGCCACCUGCUGAACAAGUCCCAUCUCAAGUCCCUGUGAUGCGUAGGGACCGGCCCCCGGAGCGGGCGGCCAGCUGGCCGGCUGACCAUGUCAUAGUGCUCAUCUCCUACUGGGCAGAGGCGGCUGCUGUGCACGAUCUGGGCUCCCAUGGCAGGAACAGAGUUGUCUAUGAUGGUAUCUCCCAGCGCCUGUCGAAGCUUGGCAUCUACCGCACCGGGGACCAGUGCCGAGAGAAGAUGAAAGCUCUGAAGGUGGCUUAUCGCAAGGCCAAAGAGAAUAACGCAGCUGGAAGGCCGCCCAUGCGCUGCCCCUUCUACGACGAGAUGGACCAGAUCAUGCAGCGCUGUGUCAACACCCGCUCCAGCCUCCUUGCAGAGAGCGGCGAGGGGCCUGGUGCCACAGACAGGCAGGAGGGCACAGCUGCCCUGGAAAGCUGGGAGACACCAGCCUCAGCCUCUGACCAUUGGGGGACCCAGGCCACUGAGAGCUGGGGAUGUGAGGAGCCGGGCUAUGUACUCCCUGAGGUGCAGGACCCGCUGGGCGAGGUGCAGGCUGUGCGGGUGCAGGUGAAGGAGGAAGAGACAUCCACGGAUGAGCUGCCACACGAACCUGACCCUUCCCCAUCGGCAUCGACGGAGCCCCAACCGGCCUCCCGGAAGCUGGUCUCGGCACUGGACCGGCUUGUACAUCUCCGGGCCAGGAAGCGCAAGACGCGGGAGGAUGGGCCGCUGGAGACUCCACGGGGCCCUAGCCAGAAGCACGGGCGCAGCCAGCUGGAGCUGAAGCGGGCAAGGCGCACUGGUGCCUGGAAGGCAGAGGAGAGGCAGAGCCUGGCCGAGUUCAUCCAGCAUGACCGGGAGAUGCGGCGGGAGGACCGGGAGUUCCAGGCCCAGCUCCUGGAGAAGCUCUUCCAGAAGCAGCUGGAGAUGGUGGGGGCCCUGGCCCAGCCUGCACCCCCACUGCAGGAGCCAGAGCCGGUGAUGCGGGUGGGAGCUGGGCUUCAGUUGCAUGCUCUGCUGGAGCAGGUGGUGCGAGCACAGGCCAAGGGGCAGGAGGCCGAGGCAGCUGGCCCCGCCCCUGCAGGAGCCCCGGAGCAAGCAGGGAAAGCGCCCCCUGCUGUGCAGUACUGGACGGCAGAUGAGAUCCUGCGCUGGCUGGUGCCGCAACAGCCGCUGAUCGGGCAGCAGCCUUGGGGCGAGCGGUGUCGGGAGGGGCUGCCGGGCCCCCUGCCCUCGCGGAGAGAGGGAGAAGGGGGGGAGAAAGAGACAGAUCUCGCCUCCUCCAGACGAGUGACUGACACCUGCCAGGGGCCCAAAGAGCGGGGGGGAGUCCGACUUCUCCCUCCCCUCUGUGGGGAAGCCCACCAGAUCCACGCCAGCCUGGAUGCCAGCGAGGCCGGUGACGGUGCCAAGGUGAAAGGAACUGUCCUGCACAGCCAUGACACGGAGACACAGCGCCAGCGCUUCAGGGGCUUCCGCUACCAGGAGGCUGAGGGGCCCCGGGAGGUUUAUGGCCGCCUGUGGGAACUUUCCCAUCGCUGGCUGCAGCCAGAGACCCGCACCAAGGAGCAGAUGUUGGAGCUUCUGGUUCUUGAGCAGUUCCUGAGCCUCCUGCCUGAGAAAAUGCAGAGCUGGGUGCAGGAGCGUGGCCCAGUGAGUGGCCAGGAGGCCGUGGCCCUGGCAGAGGAUUUCCAGCUUGUUCCCCAGAAGCCCAGAUGGCAGCCCCAGGCGCGGGUACCAGCCCAGGAAGGGGCCAGGGAUGUCGGUGCGGCGCAGCGGGCUCCACUGGCUGAGUGGCAGAGAGCGCCCCAGGGGUCCAGCGGGCAGGAGAACGGCUGGAACAGCGGCUUGCUGGCUGCCACACCGGGCACCCCACUGGUGCGGAGACCAAGCCUGGGGGCAAUUGAGACAGCUGCUCCCCAGCCCCUGUGCAGCAGAGUGGGCUCCAGGCAGGGACAGCAAGUGGAGAAUGGCUUAGAGCCGCGGCAGAGCACUGGGCACCUGCGGCGAGCAGAGAAGAACACUGCCCCAGUGCCACGCCCAGCAGCUGGGAAGGCGACCGAGCUGCGCAGUGCUGGCCCAGGAGGGCAUGUGGGGACAGACAGCAUGCCACAGGGCAGAGCCACCAUUCAAGGGGGCAGCAGCAUCUCAGAGGCUCAGAAUGGGGUCACACAGCUGCCUGUGCCCUGCACCCCAUGUGAGCAGCAGACACCUGCUGGCCUCGUGCAGACGGAGUGCACCGGCUCCAAGGGUGACUGGACCUGUAGCCCCCAGCGCAGGAGCUCUGGCUGUGCUUCCCCUGGACUGGAUGGCCCUUUGAUUGGGGAUGUCUUGGAGACAUCCUUGGACUCCCCAUGGGAUGGAGAGGGCAGCGCAGACAGAGCACCAGAGGACGGCGCAACCUGCCCUGGGGCACGGCCCCACUGCCUGGGCUGCACGGUGCUGCGGGCUGAGCUGGAUGCUGCGCGGGAGGAGCUGAGAAUCACCCAAGCUUCCACACUGUACGGGCUGAGUGGCACCCAGCUGCAGGGCCUGGCUGAGGCCCUGGGCACCAUCUCGCGCAUCCUGAACGACAGGAGGCCGACAACGAACAAACCCCCCUGGGGUGUAUCCGAGAGCCUGGGCGUGGCCAUGACCCGACAAACACAGCUGUCCUGAAGCCUAAGUGCCUGGCAAGCAGCUGGCCGUGGCCUGCCACCGAGGAGCCCACACGAUGUUCAGCAGCAGCACCAGGGAGAAGAUGACCUCCCACUCAAUCCCAGAGCCGCUAGCGUUGAGCCCCAUACUCAUGGCAGUGCCUGGAGCAGGGAGGCCUUGGACAGGACCUGAGGGGUGCUGGGCCAGCUGCCUGCGGUGUUGGGAGCUGGAUCCAGCAGGGCCUGUGCUGAUCCAAGGCAGCUGGCAUCUCGUCACUGGACUUUGCAGGGAGCCUUUCCUACUUGACUAGCUUUUUGAUGCAAUGUCCCCAAAGCCCCCUACUUUCCCCUUCACUUCUCAGGUUGGUCUCAAUAAAGCAAUGCGCAGAGCUCCAGGCCCGGUGUGUGCAGAGCACAGGCAGCUAGAGCCCAUUGGUCUGUGCUGACUGUGACUGUUGCUCUGGAACAGACUAUUUAGCUGUAUCUCCACUGGCCCAGCAGCAGCCUGUGUUCUCAGGGGGAGUGCUGGGUGCUGAGUGCUUGUUACCAUCUGACACGUAGCACUUAGCCCCAGUCUCUUGGCCUGUCACUGUGAUGGGGCGGAGGGUGAAUCCUAGCACUACAGGGCAUGUGGGACAGUGCUGGCUCUGGCCCUUCGUGUGGCAUGCACCAGCCUGACCUUUGUUCCAGUGGAUCCACCUUCCUGGGAAAUAGCCUGGCGUGCUAGCUGCCUCCUUGCCUGUCAAUGCCCAGUACCCUCACUACAGACUCUGGCUGGAGAAGGCUGAAGACUGCAGAGGAGCCCAUCGCUUUCCUGGCUCUAGCCACUUCUGCUACAGAAAAUGGGUUUUUGCUGAAAGGCUGAGAAUGAGUGUGUGCUGCUCUCCUCAGGGAACCCAGAACCGGCAGCCCUCCGCCUCAGGAAGAGGGAGCUCAAGCACGUGGCAGCUCCCGGCCAUCCCAUCGAUGACCUCUCGAGGUCCCUUCCAGUCCUAGAGUCUAUCCCAGUCUGUCUGCCUCACCAGCAAAUGCCUUGAGACUCUGCCAGUCUAAACCUUGCCUUGCACCCCAGUCCCCCGGAGAUGUGUCUGCAGUGCCCAGUCCCUCUUACUGGGCCCUUACAGAAAUAAGGUUGUUCCCUCCAAAGAGCCAGAGCCAGAGCCUGCUUGUUCACUCAGCUGAGAUCUCACCCUUGAAUGCACAGUACUGAGAUGGUUUUGUAAUAAAACAAGAAGUUGAUAAAUAAAGAACACUGAUUGAAGUGAUACUAGGCAGGAAUAAGAGACAGAAAAGGAUUACAAACAAAAUAAAAAGACUGUGCUUU